AUGUCGUUAAAAAGCUUCGUUACAAAAUACAUCCACGUUCCGCAUCGGAAACAGAAAAAAGACAAUGAAAAGUCGAACCUGGGGCCUAUCAAGCCUGCUAUGAGCAGCAUUCCUACCACGCCAUCAACUUUCCGCAGGUCGUCUAUGAGCCAAGAAGAUCUCACUAGGACCUCACGGGAUAAGACCUAUGAUGCGUCUGCCACUGAUGGUGGAAGCUAUCAUGUGGGAAAUAUCUACGGAGGAUCCUCAGUUCAAGGGGCUGGUCAUGAUGCAGGACAUAAAGACAGAGGUCAUUGGGGCUGGACAGGAGUAGAAGAUGGAAUGGGAGGCGGUGCUAUUAGCGAGGUUGGAGGUGGUCAUAUGGGGAGCAGUAGUGGAGGAGGAGGAGACCAUGGUGGCAGUGGAGGAGGGGGAGACCAUGGUGGCAGUGGAGGAGGAGACCAUGGUGGCAGUGGAGGAGGAGACCAUGGUGGUGAUAGUGGCGGGGGAAGCGGUGGUGAUAGCGGUGGUGGUGGAGGUGGUGAUGGAGGAGGCGGAGGAGGUGAAUAA